AUGUCUGGAGCACUCGAAGGCAUCUACGAGCCCGGAGUCGUUGACCCUGGGCUCCCUGUCGCCAAUAGCACUGCAUCAUUCUGGCACUCCAAGAGCCAUCCUUUAUCAGAUCACCAGUCCUCCUGGCCAUCUGGGCCUGUCGAUGUCGUCAUCAUCGGGUCUGGGAUUUCAGGAAUGAGUAUUGCUCGUACACUCGCUACCGAAGCUCCUCAACUCCGGGUCAUCCUCGUGGAAGCCCGCGAGCUGUGUUCGGGCGCUACGGGACGCAAUGGCGGUCACUGUAAAACGAUGACUUUUGCCAUGUGGGAGGAGCGCAAAGCUUCCUUCGGCAUUGAUGAAGCAAUUCGAAUUACGGAAUGGGAGGACAGCCACUUGGGUGCCAUGUCUACGGCUAUUCGUCAAGAUAAAAUUGACUGCGACCUUGUCCUAACGGAUGGCAUCGAGGCAUACUAUGAUCAGACUAGUUUCCAGCGUGCUGUGAAAGCACUAGAGGACAUGCGCGCUCAUUUACCCCAGGUCGCGUCAAAACAUACUGUUCAUACAGACAGUGCAUUUCUGCGUGACACUCUGAAGCUAUCAGAUAAAUGUGUCGGCGCCAUCGCUAUCCCUGCAGCAUCAAUCUGGCCAUACAAAUGGAUCAGCUCCGUCAUGGCUAAUUUAGUCAAGGCUGACAAGAUCAAUCUUCAAACCCAUACCCCGGUACACGACAUAGUGGACGACGACGACAAGGACUACGCUGUCGUUAAAACAUCGAGGGGUGAUAUCCAGACAAAACACGUCAUUCAUGCAACCAAUGCUUGGCUGGGCCACUUACUACCAGAGCUGCGCUCUUACAUCUCUCCCGUGCGAGGCAACGUCGUCCGCUAUGCACCAAACGAGAAAACAAUGACUUCGGCCCUGGGCCUGGGUCCUGACUACUCUCUCUGGCUUCGUUACGGAGACAAGGACUAUGACUAUCUCAUUCAGCGCAAAGCGGGAGACGCCAUCGUGGGCCGGGCCAACACUGGACGGAAAGCUACAGCAGACGACAGCACGACGGAUAUCUCCGCCAUGGCGCAUCUUCGCGGCUUUGCGGACGAAGCGCUGGCUUCGCCGGACCGUGGCUCGUCUGCCAACAUCACGCAUGCCUGGGCCGGGAUUCUCGCCUUCUCCCAAGAUGCCGUACCCUUUGUUGGACGACUCCCGUUUCCGGGACGAAAACACCAGUGGGUGUGCGGUGGCUAUCAUGCAACGGGCAUGAUCAAGGCCUUUCGCGCUUCGCAGCUCUGUACGCGCAUGGUGAUGGGUCGGGAGAUCAAUUAUGAGUACCCCCAAUCCUUCCUGGUCACGAAGAAGAGGAUACACACCCUGAGACAGUCUUUGGACAGUGGGAAGAUGCCAGUGUUCUAUUCUGCAAAAAUGUAA